UUCAGAACGGUCUUUAUAACAAAAAAGGUUUAUUGGGUGGGUGUGCAGAGUUAUUACUAUGUAGGAUCUACAGUAUUCAGUUUACAGUUUAAGCAUGGUAAAUUACUGUGUUUUCGUGCCAUAUUGCCUUUUACGAUUCAACCGUCCGUGACCAAAAUGGCAAUUUGAAAUAUAUUAGACAAAUAUUCAAUAGAUGUGGGAGAACAUUUGAAAGCUAUAUAGGCAAGGGAAUCAAAGUACACCGCACCUUCAGCCUACAAGAAGUCGGACAAACUAUAUACGACUGAGUCAGAUUUACAGCAGGAAAUGUCAUUGGUGUGGAUGCUAUGCAAGGAGACCUGGAAUGUGCUUGAAAUAUUUGCCGAAAAGUAGACUACAACACCAAAUAAUAUAGCCAUGAAUUGGCAGCGAAAUUCAAAGAGCUACAAUGUCAACGAGGCUUUCGUGCUGGACGACACCUUUCCAAAGGGCAAGCAAGAGGAAACCAUCAGGGAAAGAUCGGAUUCACAGUCGAGUGUCGAGGACGACGAUGACCACGUGGCUAACCCGAGAGGGUUACCUACCCAAGCCGAGAGCAUCGACUUCGGAUUGGACGACGAUGUCAAUAAGGGAAAACCAUUCCGCGAUUGCUUGAUGGGGUGUUUCGUCAUCUUCGUCGUGCUGGCCAUGACGACCUGUGUAGCGAUUCUACUCUAUUUUAUUCUGAUCAAUACGGUAUUUGUCGAAAGUGACACCAAGACUACUGUCUCAGGUUAUACAGGUGCAUUGACAAUAGAGGGUACUGUACUCUUGAACGAGACCUAUGACUCAGAUUUGGCCGAUCCAGAAUCGAUGACGUACAGAGAUAUGGAGAAUGAAUUCUUGUCCUCGAUGAGUGGAUCAUUCAGCAACAGUACUCUUGCAGACAUUUAUAAUGGGACGAAUGUGGAGCGUUUCGAGCAAGGAAGUAUACGCAUAGUAUUUUCACUUUUUCUCCUCUCGGCACCGAAUGAUGCUGACACGGAAACGGAAGUCAUCUUGGAGGUGCAGGUCACCAUCGGCGAUGGCAUCUACUCUGGGUUCUUUGACGUGUUUGACGUCAUAGAAGACUCCUUAGAAAUCACAACUGUAAAUCAACAAAGUGAGACGACUGCCGAACCCCCGAUAGCGGCAACGGAAGCUCCAGUAGAACCAAGCACAGUUUCUACCAUUAAUUCUGUUACAAGUCAACUCAUGAUAUCAUUAAGCACACUGUUAUCAACACCAGUUACAACAACAGAAACAGUAGCACCAACAAUACCGACUACGACUAGACUUUUUUCUACUCAUGCACCAACAUCUCCAAAUAUCGACUUAAGCACGUUCUCCACAACUGCUACACAAUCAACAACAACAUCUCCCUCAACAACUAAACCGACCACCAUUCCGUCAGCUUCAACUUAUUCACAAACAGUAGGUACCACAGAUUCCACUACCACAUCAUCCACUGUGAUAAAUUUGUCUACAACAUCAUCAACAACAAUAGACAAUUCAACAGGCACAGUUCAACUUACAACUAAACCGACCACCAUUUCGCCAUCUGCAACCUAUUCACAAACAGUAGGUACCACCUUUUCCACUACCACAUCAUCCACUGUGGUAAAUGUGUCUACAGCAACAUCAUCAACAACAAUAGACAAUUCAACAGGCACUUUUAAUUUUACAAAUAAAUUGACGACGAUUCCACUAUCCUCAACAUCAGACACCACAUUCACCACCAUUCCCUCCACCACAAGGAUAUCAACAAUAGCAACAACAACAUCACCUGCAUCACCACCAACAAUCCCAACGACAAUAGACAAUGUAUCUACUACCGAUUCAGUAACAUCAAAGACCACACCUAACAUCACCUCACCAUCCUCCUCAUCGUCACCGACAUCAUCAACAGUAAUAGAUAAUUCAACAAGAACAGGUCUACUUACAACUAAACCGACCACCAUUUCGCCAUCUGCAACAUAUUCACAAACAGUAGGUACCACCUUUUCCGCUACCACAUCAUCCAAUACGGUAAAUGUGUCUACAACAUCAUCAACAACAACAACACCGUCACCAACGAUACCAACGACAAUAGACACUGUAUCUACAACUACUAACAUUUCACUCACUAAACUGACGACAAUUCGCCAACCGUCAACCGAUUCUCCUACAUCUUCAGCAGCUCGAGUGAAUAUUACAAGACAACCAAAGAUUCAUCCAGCCUUACCAGAUACGUGCGGUGCUCGACCGGCAGUGAAUGGUAGUGAUUCUGACGGGACAGCUCGUAUCGUCGGUGGGAUCCAGUCAGGUCCAGGGAAGUGGCCGUGGAUGGGUUCGCUUCGGGAUGGAACAUCACACCAGUGUGGUGCCGUCUUGAUACACCAAGAAUGGGCCAUCACAGCACACCAUUGCAUAGGAUUCUUUGACAACAUCGUUCUUGGGGACAACGAUAAUAGCAACUCAGAUCCUUCACCCUACCGUGUUCAACGAAACGUCCAACCCUUUUCCAAUCCCGACUUCGACACCGUGACCGACAACGGUGACAUCGCCCUGCUCUUCCUGACGGAACCCGUGGAGUUCAACGACCACGUCCAACCCCUUUGUAUCAAUACUUUGAAGACGGAGAUGACGUCUUUCAACAACUGCUUUGUCACCGGGUGGGGCACCGAUGAUUUCUUCGAUCAAAGAGCAAUGAGAUAUCUUUUGGAGGCCAGUAUACAAAUGAUUAACAGAAGUGUUUGCAGCGAGUGGUACCAAACUUUCCACGUCAUUACCAAUCAGCACAUUUGCGCAGGGGAAGAAGAUGGUCGCAGGGAUGCGUGUUCGGGCGACAGUGGAGGACCUCUGCAGUGUCAAGAUGGCCAAGGCAUAUGGUAUCUUCUGGGUGUGGUCAGCUUCGGUCAAAACUGCGGCAAUCCUAGACUUCCUGGGGUCUACACCAGGGUCUCGACGCAAAUCGAUUUCCUUUCAGGAAUUUUAGACACAAAUAUCAAAUAAUGAUCAGAGAGCAAACAUGGCGUUUAAAGACUUUCUACAAAUACGAUCAAAUCUAAUUAAAAUCUGUUAUGAAGUAAGUAAUGUUAAUUAAUGUUUCGUUAACAACUAAACAAUUUGUACGCGAAUUGAGAGAGAUCUACGAUUUCAAAGACAGUAAUUGAGAUGUGAUUACUAAGUGGUUCAGUCUUUCAGUAAAAUGUAAAAGGAAGAAAAUUCUCUUCAAAAAUUAAGCUCAGACCUAUCAACGUCUUUCAUCCGUCUUAAAUAUCAGGGCUUUCUAUUAUAUAGCUCUGCCCCUUAAGCACAAUAUAAAGUCAUUUUGAUAUGCAAAUAUACUGACUGCAAAGAAAUAAAGUAUGGGUAAAACUAGUUUUGGAAGAUUCCAUUUGCCUAUUAGGAGCUGAAAUCUUUCUGAAAUAGAUAUCUUUAUUUUACUAACAUUUGAAAUCACAUGAGCUGACGAAUUAAAAAAAAAAGUUAAAAAGACAUUUUGAAAAUUGAUAAACUAAUUGCAUACCAGGCAUAUCGAAGAUGAUGAUUGCAAGGAGAUUUGUUACAUAUAUGUAUGUAACGUUGCAUGAAGAACAUUUAAAAUUGUUUCAUGUCGGCAUAAUAGUUUACGAUGCAGAAUCAACAAUACUUUAUGAAAGAAAGGUAAAGAGUUUGUUACAAAUUCGUUAAAAACAAUAAUCGUAUACAUUGAAUACGAUAAAUCUUGUAGCUAACGCACGACUUAUAAGCAAACCGCAUUGUGGAACUCCUUUAAAAAAAUCAACUUCAUUUUGUGUGUUUUUGUUAUCAGUCAUAUAGACAGUUCAAUGCUUAUUAAAAAAAUUGUAUUCAAGACGUUAUACAACUCAACCUCGACUAAUUUGGCAUCGUUCAUGUACAUGAAUUACAAUUCUGAAACUUAAAAAAAUCAGAAUAUAAAUCUUUAUCCAAAUACUGAAUAGUAUAGGUGAGAGAUUUGAUUAUGAACUAUAAUCUCAUUCAUAAUUUUUUAAUGACUAUUUAUCAAUAUUGUGACUAUUCAGAACUAAAGGGGAAAUACGCAGUAUAGGCUAUAUGGUUUUAAUAUACAAAAUAUUUUACUAUGUAUAUUUUUAUAUUUUAAAUAAAAUGUAUAUAUACGAUAUGUCGCAUCAGGGAUAAAGAUGAUCCGUAUAUUUUAUGAAUAUAUCAUGAAUAAAUAAAUUAAUGUACUUGUUAAUGAUAAAUCUAUGAUUAUUAAUAUUGUACGUGACUGUA